GAUGACUAAGCAGGGAAAAGAGGAAAGAAACCCGAAAGGAAGAUGCUUUGUCUCACUCCACAAUUUUAGUAUUUAUCACUCCCAAACAACCUUCCUUUCCCCCAAAAAUGGCUGCCACUAACACCAAUGUCUCCGGCUACGACGAAGAUCGGGUCUUGGCCACCGCUCAACAGAUCGUUAAGAGCCUCAAUACCCCUAAAGAAGUUCGUGAGGAUAUGCUCUUCAUUCUCUCCACUUUUGAUAAUCGUCUUUCCAGUAUUGGUACUAUGAUCAACAAUGACGACUCCAACGUCAAGAACUCUAGGUUAGACGCCGCCGAGAAGGUGAUUCUACGUUGGGACCCUAGUUCCGAUCAGUCUAGACGGUCGUUUAAUUGGGAAGAUUCGCCGGAGGAGGCGGCUGAAUAUUUAUCGGCGGUGGAUGAUAUACUUCAGUUACUAGAAGAGCUUUCAAUUGGUUCCGAAUCAACCGACAUCGUAGAUCGAGCAGAAAAUUUGAUCCAAAUGGCAAUGUGCCAGCUCGAGAGCGAAUUUCGCCAUAUCCUAAUUCAGAGCACGAUCCCUCUUGACGCCGAGCGGCUUUAUGGUUCGAUCCGAAGAGUUCAUCUCUCAUUUGCGUCUCAUUACAGUGAAAUUGACGACGAAUUCGAGAGUUUUGGCGAGGAAACUCGUAGUUCCGGGCGAUUUCAUGAGCGAGGUGCGACAAUUGGAGAAGAUUCUUGGGUCGAUUUGAUCCAUCCUGAUGCCGCUGUUGAUCUUUCGGAGAUUGCGGAUCGUAUGAUUCGCUCUGGCUACGAAAAGGAAUGUGUUCAAGUCUAUAGCACUGUUCGUCGUGAUGCUUUAGAUGAGUGCUUGAUGAUUCUUGGCGUCGAACGCCUCAGCAUUGAGGAGGUUCAAAAAAGUGAUUGGAAAUUCUUAGAUGAGAAGAUGAAGAAAUGGAUUCAGGCUGUCAAGAUUACAGUUCGGUUGAUUUUGGAAGGUGAGAAGAGGCUGUAUGAUCAGAUUUUCAAUGGCGCCAAUGAAUCCAAGGAGGUUUGUUUUAAUGAAACAGCAAAAGGGUGUGUAAUGCAGUUGUUGACUUUUGGUGAGGCAGUGGCUAUUGGGAAGAGGUCACCGGAGAAGUUGUUCCGAAUCUUGGAUAUGUACGACGCUUUAGCCGGUGUUUUGCGCGACUUGGAAGCCAUGGUUUCUGAUGAGUUUUUGAUCAGUGAAGCACAUGGUGUAUUGUGUGGACUGGGUGAAGCAGCCUUAGGGACAUUUGUUGAGUUUGAGAAUGCCAUUGAAAGCGAAAAUUCGAAGAAAGCAAUGCAAAACGCCGAGAUUCACCCACUUGUUCGAUAUGUAAUGAAUUACGUUAGAUUGUUGGUUGAUUACAGUAAGACAAUGAACUCUCUUUUAGAAGAUGAGGAAGUACAAGGCUCGCCAAACAAGAGGGAUAACGUCGAUAAUCUGCAAUUGGAAAGUACGUCGUCGCCUUUAGCUCGUAGAUUAUUAAUGCUAUUAUCGUCUUUGGAAUCAAAUCUUAUGGAAAAAGCCAAGCUCUAUGAGGAUGUUGCAAUGCAGUUCAUAUUUCUAAUGAACAAUAUACUGUACAUAGUGAAAAAAGUGAAAGAUUCUGAGCUUGCCCAACUGCUUGGCGAUAACUGGCUUCGCAGGCAUAGCGGCCAAAUUCGCCAAUACGAAACGAGUUACCUUAGGGCUUCUUGGAGCAAAGUUUUGUCAUUCUUAAAAGAUGAAGGUAUUGGUGGCAGCACAAGCAAUGCCUCAAAGGUAGCAUUGAAGGAAAAGUUCAAGAAUUUCAAUGCAAGUUUUGAGGAAAUAUGUAGGGUUCAAACAGCUUGGAAGGUAUCAGAUGCUCAACUCCGCGAUGAGCUGAUAAUAUCCGUUUCGGAGAAGGUGAUUCCAGCGUAUCGCUCCUUCUUAGGAAGGUUUAAAAAUCAAUUAGAGAGCGGAAGGCAUUCGGGGAAGUACAUAAAGUACACGCCAGAUGAUUUAGAGAACUCUCUAUCAGAUUUGUUUGAAGGAUCACCUGUUGUAUCACAUCAUUUGAGAAGAAAGGGUACUUGAACUGAAAGAAAUCCAGAACUUAAACUGUUUGAUGGUGAGCUUUUGAUAUAUAUAUUUUUUCUCUUUUACUAAUGUUAUAGGCUCAUGAUAUUGUAAAGAUGAUGAUCUUACUUACUUAAUUUUGUUCAUACACUGUAUAAUACAUUACCGAUGUUGUAUACAAUAGAUUGUGUAUCUUAAUUUGAGUUCAA